ACCCUCAAAUUACCAAACAAUCAUACUUCCCAUCAUUCAAGAUUGGAUUUUGAGAAGAGGAAUUUGAAAGGAGAAAAUUGUUUCGACUUCAAUGAUGGGGCGUCCCCUGUUCUUGAUCUUGGGAGCUGCUGUGCUACUGUUUGCUUGGAAUGCUGCUGCACAGACUUCAGAUUCAAGUUGCCCUCUACAGUUCACAGUUGGUGAGGCCAAAACUUACCAAUUCUGUAACCCCCUGAAUGCAUUAGGAGCUACUCUGUCAUAUAUCCACCAUGCAGAGAAUGGGUCAUUAGAUAUAGCUUUCAAGGCCACCCCUGCUGCUUCUGGAGGAUGGGUAGGUUGGGGGAUAAACCCAAAUGGGCUGCAAAUGAUUGGCACACAGGCUCUGAUUGCCUUUAGAUUGAGUAAUGGAUCAACUGUGGUUGACACAUAUAAUGUGGCCUCUAAGACUGCUGCUUUGAAUCCUUCAAAGAUUAGCAUCACUGUGAGCAGCAAGAGUGCUGUGUAUGAGAGUAGCAGUGGGAAGAUAACCAUAUUUGCUUCCUUGGCACUUGGUUCCAACCAAACCAGUGUGAAUCAGGUGUGGCAGGUGGGGAGUUCAGUCAGUAACUUAAGUCCUGCCAUACAUACUACUUCUGGGGCCAAUCUCAGGAGUUUAGGGACACUCAAUAUCAAAAGUGGAGCCGCCUCUGCUCCUGCUGGGCUUUCUCACCAGACUCUCAAAAAUAGGCAUGGAAUAAUCAAUGUUGUCAGUUGGGGUAUAUUGAUGCCAAUUGGAAUCAUUAUUGCUAGAUAUGUCAAGACAUUUGAAGUUGCAGAUCCUGCAUGGUUUUACCUCCAUGCCAUAUGCCAAUCCUCAGCGUAUGUUAUUGGAGUAAGUGGUUGGGCCACUGGCUUGAAGUUGGGCAGCUAUAGCAAAGGGGUAGAACAAACUUCACACAGAAGAAUUGGGAUUGCACUUUUCUGUCUUGCAACUUUACAGGUAUUUGCACUACUCUUACGGCCUAAGAAGGAUCACAAGUUCCGUGUAUAUUGGAAUGUUUAUCACCACUCUAUUGGCUAUUCGGUGAUCGUAUUGAGUAUAUUUAACAUCUUUAAAGGCUUUGACAUCUUAGUUCCUGAGCAAAAGUGGAAGGAUGCAUAUAUUGGUGUCAUUAUUGCUUUGGGUGCAAUUGCUGUCAUGCUCGAAAUUGUGACAUGGAUCAUCUACUUCCAACGCAAGUCAAGAAAUUCCCGCAAAUCCUCUAGUGAAAUGAAUGGCUAUGAUCAAGAUCAAUCACAUGUUUAGAAGAGUAGCUCUAUUCAAAUUUCAAAUUUGCAUGUUACUACUCUUCUUAUAUGUGAUUUAGAAGAUAUGAUUCUAGUAAAUGAUAGAUAAUUUAAAACUAGCUUAAGAAUAGAUUCUUUUAUUACCUACACAUAUUAGUCGGGGUACACUUUUCAUGUAAUGUGUAUCUUUUUAUCUUGUAUAUUAGGGAUUCCGUGUAUAUUUAUUUUUAUUAAUAGAGAGUAUCAAUUGACCCUA